UUGUAUGGAAUUUCCCAUUAGCAUGGUGAUAUGUUGACCCUCUCUCUCGUUGUUCCGAAGUUACAAUGCACACGCCACACUUUGUUACGCAUGCUUCAUCCCUGAAUUUCUACGCCAAAUCUCCAAAAAAUCGAUUUCUUUGAAUCGUUCAAGAACCAACAAUGUCAAUAUCACUUCAGGCUUUUAUCAUCUGCAAGCACUCAAUCCCCCAAUCAAAACCUCUCCUCUUCUCCUCUCCUCUCAAUUUCAUUUCCCUAGAAGAUCAAUCGGCGGCUCCGCCAAAUCAUCCUCGCCCCUCAGGUCAAGAAUCGGGGGGCGAUGUGAAGAAUGAAAGAAGGGUGCCGAUUGUGGUGUUUCUGGUGGGGGUAUUCGCGAGGCUGAGAGAGGGGUUCGAGAAGCUUCUGUAUUCGGAUUGGUUUAGCUGGUGGCCGUUUUGGAGGCAGGAGAAGCGGUUGGAGAGGUUGAUUGCCGAGGCUGAUUCCAAUCCCAAGGAUGCUGCUAAACAGAGCGCUCUUUUAGUGGAGCUCAAUAAGCACAGAUCUUGCCAAUUUGGUAAAUAUUGCUGCCAUUAAAGCUGCUGUGGAAGGUGCAGAGAAGUUGAAUGCAGCACAGUUAGAGUUUGCCAAAGACAGGAUAAUGAUGGGAACUGAAAGGAAGACGAUGUUUCUAUCAGAAGAUUCGAAGAAGCUUACUGCGUAUCACGAGAGUGGCCAUGCUAUCGUUGCCUUGAACACUGAAGGUGCACAUCCAAUCCACAAAGCAACAAUUAUGCCACGGGGAUCUGCUCUGGGAAUGGUCACCCAGCUUCCUUCUAACGACGAGACUUCAAUCAGCAAGAAGCAACUGCUGGCGCGUCUUGAUGUUUGUAUGGGGGGAAGAGUGGCCGAAGAGCUUAUCUUUGGCAAGGAUCAUGUGACUACUGGAGCGAGUAGUGAUCUCAACACAGCGACCAAGCUUGCUCAGUAUAUUGUAUCAAGUUGUGGGAUGAGUGAUGAAAUCGGACCAGUUCAUAUUAAAGAAAGACCUAGUUCAGAAAUGCAAUCUCGUAUUGACGCAGAAGUUGUCAAAUUAUUGCGGGAGGCUUAUAAUCGUGUAAAAGCUCUGCUGAAAAAGCAUGAGAAGGCAUUACAUGCUCUUGCAAAUGCACUUUUGGAGUACGAGACUCUUAACGCGGAAGAGAUAAAGCGUAUACUCGUACCUUACAGUGGAUCUGAGUUAUUCGUUGAGCUGGAGCAGCAGCAGGCGGAAGAGGAGCUUGUAUUGGCUUAAAGCUUGGGUCUCCUAACGGGAGAGUUGUGUACAGAGGGAGGAAGGGUAUAAUUAGCUCAUUAGCAUUCAACAUACUUAAUUUAGCCAUUUUAAUCUCAUCCCAGAAAUUUUUUGUUCUAGUUGAAGUUGGAUUACCUAUACAAAAUUGAAAGGUAGGCCAAAUUACAUUGGGAAACUGUACCCUGAAAUUGGGAAAUUUUGGAUAUAAUUUAAACUAUGAAAUACAGAUUUAUGGGAUGUCUGUUUGCUGAGA